AUGGGGCGGGCCGAGGCCGCCGCCAUGAUCCCAGGCCUGGCCCUUCUCUGGGCAGCAGGGCUGGGGGACGCUGCCCCUAACCUUCCACGCCUUCGGCUCUCCUUUCAAGAGUUACAGACCCAGCAUGGUGUCCGAACCUUCAGACUGGAGCGCACCUGCUGUUACGAAGCCCUACUGGUGGAUGAGGAGCGCGGACGCCUGUUUGUGGGUGCUGAGAACCAUGUGGCUUCCCUCAGCCUCGAUAACAUCAGCAAGCGAGCCAAGAAGCUGGCCUGGCCGGCCCCUGUGGAAUGGCGGGAAGAGUGCAACUGGGCAGGGAAGGACAUUGGUACGGAGUGCAUGAACUUUGUGAAGCUGCUGCACACCUAUAACCACACACACCUGCUGGCCUGUGGCACCGGGGCCUUUCACCCAACCUGUGCCUUUGUGGAAGUGGGCCACCGGCUGGAGGAACCCAUGCUCAGACUGGACCUGAAGAAACUUGAGGACGGCAAGGGAAAGAGCCCUUACGACCCGAGGCACCGCGCUGCCUCCGUGCUGGUGGGGGAAGAACUGUACUCAGGGGUGGCAGCAGACCUCAUGGGCCGGGACUUUACCAUCUUUCGCAGCCUGGGCCAGAAUCCGAGUCUCCGAACAGAACCCCAUGAUUCCCGCUGGCUCAAUGAACCCAAGUUUGUCAAGGUCUUUUGGAUCCCAGAGAGCGAGAACCCUGACGACGAUAAAAUCUAUUUCUUCUUCCGUGAGUCUGCGGUGGAAGCAGCACCCGCAAUGGGACGAAUGACUGUGUCCCGCGUUGGCCAGAUCUGCAGGAAUGACCUGGGUGGCCAGCGCAGCUUGGUCAACAAAUGGACCACAUUUCUGAAAGCGAGGCUUGUGUGCUCAGUACCUGGAGUUGAGGGUGAUACCCAUUUUGACCAACUUCGCCCUUUGCUUACAGAGGACGUGUUUCUUUUGACCUCCCGGGACCGCCAGACACCACUUCUCUAUGCCGUCUUCUCCACCUCCAGUGGCAUCUUCCAGGGCUCCGCUGUGUGCGUGUACAGCAUGAAUGACGUGCGCCGAGCCUUCUUGGGACCCUUUGCUCACAAGGAGGGGCCUACACAUCAGUGGGUGUCCUACCAAGGUCGUGUCCCCUACCCACGACCUGGCAUGUGCCCCAGCAAGACUUUUGGCACCUUCAGUUCCACCAAGGACUUCCCAGAUGAUGUUAUCCAGUUUGCACGGAACCACCCGCUCAUGUACAACCCAGUCCUGCCCGUUGGGGGACGCCCUCUCUUCCUCCAAGUGGGAGCUGGGUACACCUUCACCCAGAUCGCUGCAGACCGCGUAGCAGCUGCCGAUGGACACUACGAUGUUCUCUUCAUUGGUACAGAUGUGGGCACAGUGCUGAAAGUGAUCUCAGUCCCCAAGGGCAGCCGACCUAACUCCGAGGGACUUCUCCUGGAAGAGCUGCAGGUGUUCGAGGACUCUGCCACCAUCACCAGCAUGCAAAUCUCCUCUAAAAGGCACCAGCUCUACAUAGCAUCGCCGAGUGCGGUGGCCCAGAUUGCAUUGCAUCGCUGCACUGCCCUAGGCCGUGCCUGCGCAGAAUGCUGCCUGGCCCGUGACCCUUACUGUGCUUGGGAUGGAUCAGCCUGCACACGCUUCCAGCCUACUGCCAAGAGGCGGUUCCGGAGGCAAGACAUAAGGAAUGGUGACCCUAGCACCCUGUGCUCUGGGGACUCCUCUCACCCUGCGCUGUUGGAGCGGAAGGUCUUAGGCGUGGAGAACGGCAGUGCCUUUCUGGAGUGUGAGCCCCGCUCGCUACAGGCACAUGUGGAGUGGACCUUCCAUCGUGCAGGGGAGGUGGCUCACACCCAGGUGCUGGCUGAGGAGCGACUUGAGCGGACAGCCAGGGGGUUGCUGCUGCGUAGGCUGAGGCGCCAGGACUCCGGCGUGUAUCUGUGCGUGGCGGUCGAACAAGGCUUUUCACGGCCACUGUGUCGCCUGGUGCUGCACGUGCUGAGUGCGGUGCAGGCCGAAAGACUGGCACGGGCUGAGGAGGCAGCAGCCCCUGCACCCCCAGGCCCUAAACUCUGGUACCGAGACUUCCUGCAGCUGGUGGAGCCAGGCGGCGGUGGAGGGGCUAACUCCCUGCGAAUGUGCCGCCCACAGCCAGGGCCCCGCCCGCAGCCUGGACCCCACUCUGUGGCAGCAGAGUCACGUCGGAAGGGUCGCAACAGGCGGAUGCAUGCCUCUGAGCUGCGCGCUGAGCGUGGGCCACGUAGUGCAGCACACUGGUGACUGGGCUGUCCCCACACCAGGGACCAGGCUGGAUAUGGCACUCAGAAGAGGGUCAAACGCCAGAAAGACAUAAGCGUUGUGGCUGGGGCACACUGAGGUCCUUGGGCCAAUAGAGAGACACCUAACUCAUAAUACAUAGGCCCUGGCCAAAGGGUAGCUGAGCCAGCUAAGUUGUUAACAAGAUAACCCGCGAAUGUAGCCUCAGAAGAGUAGUUCAGGCUUAAUUCAGGUUCUAGCCUGCAGGGAGGGGACAGAGAAGUGGGGCUCCACAGUAGACCAGGGCCAGAGAGCUGUCUUGAGUGCCUGCCCUGGGGGAAGCAUUCUUUCUUGGGCAGUGAGCAGAAAGCUAUGAACAGAUUAGACUGUUGGGUUCCAGGUGAGGCAGCCAACU